AGGAAAAAAAUAUGUCCGCUUCGCUAGCACCGGAAUGUAACCAGGUUAAAGAGCGCUACGACAAUUGCUUCCUAAAGUGGUACAGCGAGAAAUUCCUGCGUGGUACCGCUACGACUGAUGAUUGCAAGCCGAUAUUUGAGCAGUAUGAAAAAUGUCUAUCUAGAGCACUAAGCGAACGAGGCAUCGACAAAAUGCUCAAAGAAGUACGUGAGGACAAUAAAGAAAACGAUGCAGAGCACAUGAAUCCUGGUCGAUGAAAUAUAGGGCAUGUUCCCUUGAAAUUGUUCUUUUUCUCGGCAGCCAAGUCUACAACGAAACCUCGAUUUGCUACCGAUGCUCAAACAGUCGCCGGACGUUGCGCGUCAAUACCAUCUCCUCUACUUGCUUGUACUAUACUGAACCAUGGAUAAGAAUUCAAUCACGAUCUAUCAU